AACGUAUCGACUGACGUAAAAUGGUUGUUUGAAUCUUAUCUGCGUGUAUGGGUCGCGCACAACGUAUGAAUACAUGUACAACAACUUGAGUAGGUCGCGAAGUCGCGAAGACUCGAAGUAUAUAUAUUUUCCUUUCAUUUUCUGCAUCCGACCAGUUGCGUCCGCGACGUCGUUGUCGGAGGUGCUGAAGGUUAGGCUGAGGUUGCGUUACGUUUGAACUUUCUUCGGCUCUCCCUACUACAAACGCUAUUGGCGGAACGCAACGGUGCAUAAAGUCCAAGGAGUCGCCUGCCGACAUUCCUAUUAUACGGUUCCAAAAGUGAGGAGUAACACACGAUUGUAUUUGCUAACAUUUAAUUUAGUGAAAGCUUGUUUAUAAAUCAAUCUUACAUAAUGGCUGCCUUAACAACAAGCGUCAAAUGCACAUUUCAUUCUCUUUGUACAACCGCUGUAAGAGCAAUGUCUACCAGUGCAAUGUUAAAUCCGAAAGACGAAGUAAAAGAAAUAGUACUUAAGUAUCUGGAUGGAAAAGACAAUGGGAUUGUGGUAUUAGGAUUAAAUCGACCCAGAGUUUGCAAUGCCCUUGGCAAAACUUUAACUAGUCAGCUGCACGACGCUAUUUCAUCCAUUAGAGAAGAUUCAAAAUUGAGAGUGUUAAUCAUUCGUAGCUUGGUUCCAAAGGUUUUCUGUGCUGGUGCGGAUCUCAGAGAAAGAGCAAGGAUGGACAACGCAGAAGUUUCGAAAUUUGUUUCGUUCUUAAGAAAUAUGACAAAUAAUAUAGAAACUCUACCAACACCUGUGAUAUCUGCUAUAGAUGGCGAUGCAUUAGGUGGUGGAUUAGAAAUUGCACUAGCCACAGACAUCCGAGUUGCGGCAUUAGAAGCCAAAAUGGGUCUUGUAGAGACAAAGUGGGCUAUUAUCCCCGGAGCAGGAGGUACUCAAAGACUUCCACGAAUAAUUGGAAGUGCUAAAGCGAAAGAACUGAUCUACACUGCACGUGUUCUUAAUGGUGAAGAAGCUAUGAAGAUUGGUUUAAUAAAUGAGGUGGUUCCACAAAAUAAAAGCGGCGAUGCUGCUUAUCAGGCCGCUUUGUCAAUUGCCAGAGAAAUUUUACCUAAUGGACCAAUUGGAGUUAAAAUGGCAAAAACAGCAAUAUCACAAGGUCUACAAGUACCUGUUACAGAUGGAUUUGAAAUUGAAAAACAAUGUUAUAACAAAGUUGUAAAUACAAAAGAUAGAAUCGAAGGGCUUGCAGCAUUUGCAUCAAAACGUAUUCCCAUUUAUCAGGGAGUUUAGACAUAUAAAAAUAAAAUAAGCCGUAUUUUACAAAUUUGUUACGCUUAAUCGUUGACAUAUCACGAAAAUGCAUUUUAAUCGAGAUUAAAUGCGGAAGAUGCCAUUCUUAUUCUAUGUUAUUGUAAUAUGACUAAUUUUGAUACAUACAUUUGCAUACAUACAUAUAUUUGUAUUUAAACAAAAAUACACAGUAAACUAAUAUUUUAGUGUAGUGCAGAAAUAAUAUUGUUAGGAUUUAUAUAGGUUUUAAGUAUUUUUAUACGUGAUUUAAAAUUUUUAUAUUAACGUUGUUAUUGUUAGUAUAUAUGUAUAUAUUUAUGUAUACACGAAAGUUUAUUUUUAAAAAAUAAAAUUAUAUUUUAUAUUUCAACA